AUGACGUCGGCAAUGCCUAGCGCUGAUAGAAAUGAAGAACGUCGUCGUAGGGUGCUGUUGGGUCCAUUACCAGCCGGUUUCCUCCGAGCUGAUGGUACUACUGAGAGCAUUGAUCCUGACUAUGAAGCAGCACUUGCUUUGCAGCAGCAGCUGAGUGGGGCCACAAUACCAACAGCUGGCCCACCACUGACAGCAAGACUCAGCAUCACAAUAGCGCAGGCUAAACUUUCAAAAAAUUAUGGUCUGACCCGCAUGGACCCGUACGUACGAGUACGAGUAGGACACUGCAUCUACGAGACCCAUACUGACCCUAGCGGUGGUAGAACUCCCAGGUGGAACAAAGUCAUUCACUGCCUCCUACCACCUGGUGUUACUUCGAUAUAUUUAGAAAUAUUUGAUGAGUGUUCGUUUACGAUGGACGAGCUCAUUGCUUGGACUCACAUCAACAUACCACCAGCUGUACUACAGGGCGAGACAUACGACGAUUGGUUCCCUUUGAAUGGGAAACAAGGAGAUGGCAAAGAGGGUCACAUCAACUUGGUGCUCAGUUAUUCGGUUGGCCCGGCAACCGUCGCAACAUUCCCACCAAUGCUGGUAGUGCCAAGCACCGGUAUGGGUUACGCAGCAAUGCCAGUAUACCAGGCAACACCACAGCAGAUGGCGCCACAACACAUGGCGCCACGACCCCACAUGCCACCACCUCCGCAACAACCACCUGUCACUCCUGAACAAUUGCAACAGAUCGAGGAGAUGUUCCCGAGUAUGGACAAAGAAGUAAUCAGAUCGGUGCUUGAAGCCAACCGCGGCAACAAGGACGCUACUAUUAAUUCCCUGCUGCAAAUGUCAGAGUAA